AAGGAAACAAAUACAUUGUAUAUGUUUGAGAUACGUGUAGCGAGGACAUACACAAGGGCUGUAAUGAAUAAGUUUCACGAGUCUUUGAAAUAUGCUACUGCAUACAAGAUAUCACAUGAUCCAGAUGGUGGUGUGAAUGAAUGGGUGGUUCAGCAUACUUCAAGGUCAAAUAAGAUUGUGUGGGGGCAACACCAAUUCAAAGUAAUGGCUGAUGUAGAUGCUGGAAAGUAUGAAUGUGAAUGCAAGCAUUGGGAGCAUACAGGUCUGCUUUGUGUGCAUCUUUUACGAACAUUUAUGCAUCUUCAAAUUGAUCGAAUACCUUCGGAAUACAUCCUUCAGAGAUACACCUACUCUGCUAUACAAGAUGUGACUUUUUCAAGGGAUGAUAAGAAUUUGAAGGGUAAAGACGGUGAGACUAAAUCAUAUAGGCAAAAGAUGUUGCUUAAAAAGUCAAUGAAAGUAGUACAUCAUGCAAGUCUUUCAAAGGCUGGAUAUGAUAGAGCCCUGGAGAUGAUGGAUGAACUGCUUUUGCUACUUUCACGGUUGGAGCCAGAUAUAGAAGGUGAUGAUAGUACUAGUGAUGGCGAAGGAAUACAGGGCGACAGGAAUGAUGUAAGAGACAUGAUGGGAGAUAAUCUAACGACAAGAAGGGCGCAGGCUGGUGUAAUUCAAUUGGUGCCUACUUUACAAGAAGGUGGUGUGUGCGAUACCCAAUGUGCUAUGCCACAACAAAUAUUGGAACAGCACGAUUAUGGACAAUUGACCACUAGCACACCACUGAUUGAUGUGUGUGCUACAGAUAUGACGAUUAAAAAGACAAAUCUGAUACCAGUAGUUAUUGACAAAAGAAUAAGGUUGUACAGAUUUGCGUAA